UUAAAAACAAAAUGGCUUCCAUAUCAAAUGAGAAUGACAACCAAGAGGAAGGUUUUGAAGGUGACAGCUCAGCGUCCUGCGAAGUACAUCCUUCUGAAGAUGUAGACCAUAGUCCUGACGCUAGACAAAGAAUGCUUGUUCAUAUCGCAGCCAGCAAAGCACGCAUAAAAAACCAACAGCGUGGUGAGGAAGAUCUGUCUCCGAAAGAAAAACUCAGCAUUCUGUCGGAACUCCUCGACCACAAACCGGCCAUCUUCCUGGAACGCUUCCACUCCUUUCUCCGCGAGGAGGACUUGGAUUGUUUCGACCAGCUCUUCGGGGAGUAUGAGAUUGAUUUUUAUCUGAAGGAGGCGAGGAGACGCCUGAGCACCAGGAAAUCACGAAUGGGAGUCAGAAACCGUCGCUAUGAAGCCCUGAAACAACUUGAGAAAGCGGGAGCAUACUUCAGUGACAAAGCAAUGAAGGACAGAGACCCGUUUAUGUUUGAGGAGUACAUUGGACAAUAUAUGACAGCUGAGGAGUUGAAAGGACUUCAAACUCCAGUCAGCCAAAGUGACUUGAAGUUCUCGAGUAUUCUAAUGACAUUUAUGGAUGAGCAGGAAACGAAGGAGUUGUAUAAGAGGCAAAAGGAGGUGGAGGAUGACAUGUUGGAGGAAGAGGAAGAAGAAGAUGAAGACGAAGAAGAAAGUGAUGAGGAUGCAGAUACGGCCGUCCCUUCAACCAGUCACGAGCAAAAAAACAGACCGAAGGUGACCGAGAGAGUACCGACUUCAGCCACCGACGAAGAUAGAGCCAUGAUGAGGCAAGAAUUCCUUCAUCAUAUGCACCUCAGAUUUCUCAGCGGACAGGAGAAAGAUUUUGACUACUCCACCGUUGACGGAAACGCAGAGUACGACUCGUUGGUACUUAGAACUCAAGACGAAGAAGAGCAAUAUUUUGACAAGGAUGAGGAGAAGUGGAGCUUCAACGAGGAGGAGUGCGGAAGAGACGGCAAUGAUGGUCCAGGGGGUUGUCUCGAAGAGUUUGAUGAAAAGGAGGGAAUCAUGGGGAGGAUGGGUAAAGUCAGAUCUUGCACAGCUGAUGAUGGCAACAAAUCAUGUGGACGUGGUGGAUUAGGAAAGAACACUUGCGACUCGUUUGAAAAUGAAGACAUGGAGAGUUGUUAAACCAACUUCUACUUUUCUAAA